ACAAAAGAUGGGGAAGAAUUGGAAGGAAAGGGAAGACCUUUCCGUAGCUCCAUCGGGUCAACGGCUGGUCGACGCUGUCUGGGUUUUAAAACGGUUGGCACCAAAGUCAGAAAGGCAGCGAGCGAAGGAGGGGAAGAGAAUGAUGAUGAUCCACAAGCUGCCGUCGUUACUGCUGCUGCUGCUGCUGAUCAUAGCAACUGCGGCAAUUCAUAUGCUUCUCAGUUGUUACACAGGAGGUCAUAUGGCAGGUAAACUGCGAUGUCAUCAGACAUUUUUUUCUUUUGUUUGCAUGCAGAAACUAUCAUCAUAGCCACUGUAAGUGCUGGAGGGGGCAGUGUUCUUCUGCUUGUAAUUGCUGUUGUACUAUGGAGAAUGGUGAAGCAGAGAACCAACCAAAACAGGAAGGAGAAAUUCUAUCAGCAGAAUCUAGAGUUGCUAAGAAAAGAACAAUCUUCUUCUUCGGAUGUGGCUCUGAUCGAAAGGAUGAAGAUCUAUGAGCUAGAGGAGUUGGAAAAGGCCACCAAUCAAUUCGACAAAACCCGAAUCAUCGGCGGCGGAGGCCAUGGCCACGUCUUUAAAGGAAUGCUGUCCGACCAACGUGUGGUUGCUAUUAAAAGGCCCAAUAUAACCAAUCAAGUUGAGAUUGCCCAAUUCGUCAAUGAACUCUUCAUUCUUUCUCAGACCAACCACAGGAAUGUGGUUAAGUUCUUCGGGUGCUGCCUACAGACCCAAGUCCCCUACCUAGUCUUCGAGUUCAUCUCCGGUGGUACGCUCUCCGAUCAUCUCCUAGGUGUCGAAGGGGUCUCGCCUCUGUCAUUCGAAGAACGUUUAAGGAUCGCCACAGAAGUAGCAAAAGCACUGUCCUAUCUCCACACCGAAGCUUCCAUAACCAUUUUCCACAGAGAUAUCAAGUCGUCCAACAUACUGCUCGACGAGAGGAACACCGCCAAACUAGCGGACUUCGGUGCUUCCAGGGCUGUUUCCUUCGAGCAAACUUCGAUAGCUACGGCUGUUCAAGGAACAUUUGGAUACCUGGAUCCUGAGUACCACCAAACAGGAAGACUAACUGAGAAAAGCGAUGUGUAUAGCUUCGGAGUCAUUCUGGCGGAGUUGCUGACCGGCAACCUUGCCAUUCCUCGCCAGGAGAACAAUGUGGUGAGACAUCUAGUCAUGGAUUUCCUAAUUGCACUCAAAGAAAAUUCACUGUUUAAGAUUGUAGACCCUUUGGUCCUCAAAGAGGGGAACCGAGAAGCAGUCGAAAGGAUUGCAUGGCUGGUGGAGAGGUGCCUCAAACUGAGCGGUAAUGACAGGCCAACGAUGAGAGAGGUGGAGGAUGAGCUCGAAGCCAUAAGAUCCAAGAAAACGAAAGCUGAUGACACCAUGGUUUCAUGGAAGACCAGCAUCCGAGGCGGCGAUGCAUCAUCUGAAACUAUUCGAAGAAUUAGAACUGGACAAUAUAGUUUUGGAAGACAAUUUCCAAAUGAUGAUGGCACAGAUUUUAGCAACACUGGAAUCAUGAGCAAUGAGGGAGGCACGACAACAUCAACCGAAGCAAUCGGGACGAGUUCAACGAUGCAGUACACCGUGGAGAUGGAACUCGCGUUGUUAGGUGAAAUGCCACGUUGAUGAUAUUAGUCUAUUUCGAGUGCGUUGUGCUGUUUCCUUAGUUUCUGUGGUCUUCUGUCGCGCGAAGACAUUAGUGUCGCAAUAGAAUUGUACUGUGGUCUUCUUUUCCGGUCUUGUAGUGUUUUAACUCCGAGAUUGGGAAAUGGUGUGCACUUCAAUUCAUAUAUAUAUAUAUAGAGAAUAAUUUCAAUUACAGUAAUAA